CACGUAUAGGAAAUCCUUCGCACUAUAAAUAAGUUACCAGAGACGAUAACAACAUCUAAGAACAUAAAUUGGAUUUGAAAUUUCUGUUCAAUAUCAACCAUGGCAAAAGCUUUUGGAGAAUUGGACUGCGAAUCGUUCGUUUCCCUGCUCUCAAAGCUGAUCGGAGAGAGCAAAUACGUGCAAAACAAUCCGCCAGAGCUGAUUCCAGAGGAAGACAGAGUUUGCAAGCAUGUGUUGGAGGUUCUGAAUCCUUACGCCGUUGAAAAUGGCGGCCCUUUGAUAGUUAAACACAUAAGUUAUGUGCAGGGGCGGGGGAAUAUUAUUGUGGAGUAUCCGGGGACAGAGAGCAAAGUUGUUUCAUUCGUUGGCUCCCACAUGGACGUCGUGCCUGCUAACCCCGAGGAAUGGGAAUUUGAUCCAUUCAACUUGAGCAUUGAGGGUGAUAAGUUGCGGGGUCGUGGCACAACUGACUGUUUGGGUCACGUUGCGCUUAUCACAGAGCUCAUGCGACGACUAGGAGAAGUUAAGCCAAAUUUGAAGUCUACUGUGGUAGCUGUUUUUAUUGCAAAUGAGGAAAAUUCAACUGUGUUGGGCGUUGGUGUGGAUGCACUCGCUAAACAAGGCUUGCUCGACAAACUCAAGAAUGGACCAUUGUUUUGGAUAGAUACAGCAGACAAACAACCUUGCAUUGGUACUGGGGGAGUGAUCUCUUGGAAACUAUAUGCAAAAGGAAAACUUUUUCAUAGUGGUCUUCCACACAAGGCAAUAAAUGCUAUGGAGUUAUGCAUGGAGGCACUAGAUGAUAUUCAGAAGCGCUUCUACAAGGAUUUUCCUGCACAUCCCAAGGAAGAAAUCUAUGGAUUUGCUACACCCUCAACAAUGAAACCAACCCAAUGGAGUUAUCCUGGGGGCGGUAUCAGUCAAAUUCCAGGAGAAUGCACCAUAUCGGGAGAUGUCAGGUUGACACCAUUCUACAAGUGUGCCAAUGUUGUGGAUAAAUUAAAGGAGUAUGUGGAUCACAUAAAUGCAAAUAUUGAGAUGUUGAAAACCAGAGGUCCUGUUUCCAAGUAUGUACUUCCUGAAGAAAAUAUCAAAGGAAGUAUCUCUAUUGAGUUUGGUGAGAUGAUGUCAGAAGGUGUUGCCUGUAGUCUUGAUUCACUUGGAUAUCAUGUUUUAUGCAAGGCCACUGAAGAUGUUGUGGGAUAUGUGAAACCAUAUUCCAUUACAGGAUCUUUACCUCUGAUUCGUGAUUUGCAGGAUGAAGGUUUUGAUGUUCAAACAACAGGCUAUGGAAUCAUGGCUACUUACCAUGCAAAAAACGAGCAUUGUCUGUUGUCUGAUUUUCAACAAGGCUUCAAGGUUUUUGCAAGUAUCAUUGCACAGCUUGAAGGUUAAGGAUCUAAAUUAUGGCUCUACAUGAUCUGGGUGCAUUGAUGCCAAUUUUAUGCCAUAACCGUUGAUGUUACUUCUUAGGACUUAACAAUAACUAUAGCCUGGGAAAUUAAUGGCUUUAUAAAGCCAAUGCAUUAGAUGUACUAAAGCAGCCGAAUGAUUAUAAUGAAAUUCCUCUUUAAUUUUGUUUGCUUAAA